AUGGCGCUGAACGGCGGCAAGACGUUCGUGCAGGACGAGGAGAAGCAGCCGCUGCUCCUGGAGGAGCACACCGAGAAGCACUUCACCGCCGGCGAGGUGGUCCGGGACAUCAUCAUCGGUGUCUCGGACGGCCUCACCGUGCCCUUCGCGCUCGCCGCGGGGCUGUCCGGCGCCAACGCCUCCUCCGCGCUCGUGCUCACCGCGGGGCUCGCCGAGGUCGCCGCCGGCGCCAUCUCCAUGGGGCUCGGAGGGUACCUGGCGGCGAAGAGCGAGGCUGACCACUACAACCGGGAGCUGCAGCGGGAGCAGGAUGAGAUCGACACCGUCCCCGACGUCGAGGCCGCCGAGAUCGCGGACAUCCUGUCGCAGUACGGGCUGGGCCCGGAGGAGUACGGCCCCGUGGUGACCUCCCUCCGCGACAACCCCAAGGCGUGGCUGGAGUUCAUGAUGAAGUUCGAGCUGGGGCUGGAGAAGCCCGAGCCCCGGCGCGCGCUGGUGAGCGCCGCCACCAUCGCGCUGUCCUACGUCGCCGGCGGGCUGGUGCCGCUGCUCCCCUACAUGGUCGUGCCGGAGGCCGGGCGCGCCAUGGCCGUGUCCGUCGCCGUCACGCUCGCCGCGCUGCUCUUCUUCGGCUUCGUCAAGGGCCGCUUCACGGGCGACAGGCCCUUCUUCAGCGCCGUCCAGACCACCGUCGUCGGCGCGCUCGCCUCCGCCGCAGCCUACGCCAUGGCCAGGGCCGUGCAGUCCAUAUGA